CGUCUUGACUCUCAGUAACUGACUGGUGAUGUCAGAGUAAAUAAUCAACUGGUCAGCCACAAUGUUUGUGUCCAGAGACCAAGUCAUUCAAUCAAUGUUCUUCUGUUCUGCUUCUGUUUGUAGCUUUUAGACGGAACAGAUUAUCAAAUAGAGAAACUACAAGUUUAUAACAGUGCUGGACUGAUCUUUCUCAGGAUGAAUUCUCUUUAUUUUCUCCUGCCAUUUCUUCACACUUGUAUCUCUCAAAAGGAUAUCUUCCAGAGCAGGUCACCCGAGCAGAUACCUGUCGCCUUAAACCUCUCAGCAAUCAGCCAGCCCAGCUCUCCAGCCAUUAACUGUAGCAGCGAAGCUGAGUUCCUGGCUUCCAAUGAGUGCAGGUUGACGCGAGAGUCUUGCGACACCGUCUUUUGCCCUCCGUGGCAGCGCUGCAUUCAGGGACGAUGUGCCUGUAAACUGCCGUAUAUGUGUACUACACACAAUGUCAAGCCAGUGUGCGGUCGAGAUCAGACAAGCUAUCGCUCGUUUUGCCAGGCAAUGGCCAUGUCGUGCCGGACCAAGGAAUCAGUCAUGUCCCACUUUGCUGAAACCUGUGAAGAUAACGGUCCCGUGUUCAGAACCUCCAUCGAUCCAGACACCGGACUCGUCACAGUAUUUGUCCCCGACAGCAACUCUCCUGGUGGCGGACAGAAUCUGUUGGUCUGUAAGAAAUAUUGGAAAAUGGCAGAAGUAAAUGUGGCCUGCAGGGAAAACGGAAGCCCACUUGGUGGCGCAUCUGUUGGUUACAAGCUCUAUCACUCACUGACCCCGCAGCACCAGAACAAAAGCUUCCCCACACAUUGUGUGUCUAUACGAUGCCAAGGCUACGAGAACUCCCUGGCCGAGUGUGUCAUACAUAACAAGGUGUGGAAUGAUCCUGAUCGGAGGGUCGCCACAGCAACCUGUUACAACAUGACUCAGAAAACAGAGACGUGUAGCUUCAAGUGCGCCAAUGCGAAGCUUGUGCCAAUGAAUCAUACGUGCGAUGGAAUCGACCACUGCGGUGACCUCAGCGAUGAGAUGUGCUGCAAAAAAUGCAGGAACAAAGCUUUCCGAUGCAAGACUGGAGUCUGUGUGUCUCAAGAUGCUCUCUUGGACCAACAGAUCGACUGUCUGGAUGGUGAAGAUGAGUCAACAAAACAGCUGAAGGAACCAGGCCCUCUUUCACGUUUGCCCCAAAAUACAGAAUAUACUUCUCCCCGAAACGAAACCGCCAUCAACCGGGCUCAUCUGGAGUCCCGCCUCUAUUGCGGGCGUCCCAACACCACCACUGUCCACAAUGAAGAGAUGGAUAAGAGACAGAGCAGAUUCAAGCGAGUGGUUGGAGGGACUCCUGCCAAUCCGACUCAGAUCCAGUGGCAGGUGGCGCUGCAGGAGGACAAGAAGAUCGACUGUGGUGGAGCUUAUAUUGGAGGGUGCUGGGUGCUCACGGCGGCCCACUGUGUCAGGCCGAACCCCACCUUGUUCCGGGUGAAAUUCUCUCUGUGGUUGAAGUGGGAGCCUCAAGGUACAACAGAUAUCGUCCCAGUCCAGGAGAUCAUCAUCCAUCCACAGUACGACGCUGCCACAUACCAGAAUGACAUCGCCUUGGUGAAGCUGAAGGCCCUUCCGCAAGACAAGAAAAAAUGUUUUGUGGACAACCCAGCCAUCAGCGCCGUGUGUGUCCCGUGGACCACCAAGCUGUUUCAGCCCUCACACAACUGCAGCAUCUCAGGGUGGGGACGAAAUGCAGAAGGACAAACUGCACGAGUGUUGCUCUGGGCAAAGGUCACCCUCUUUGACAACUGCCAAAGGUUCUACGGGGAUCGCUUCAAACCAGGCAUGAUGUGUGCAGGUGACCUUGCGGGCAGCGUGGACUCCUGCCAGGGCGACAGCGGGGGUCCCCUGGUGUGCGAGGAUGAGCUGGGUGUGUCCUACCUGUGGGGCAUCGUGAGCUGGGGGGAACGGUGUGGUCAGCCGGGCUUCCCCGGAGUUUACACCCAGGUGGCCCACUACUUUGAAUGGAUCAGGGGUCACACCGGGUGGCCUGCUGUGACAAAGUACAAUUCCUGACCUCUCACAGAUUUUAUGGAUGAUUUCAGUGCAGAUUCAUCUGACCCCGGCCUGGUGUCAAGUGGGUGCAUUUGCUUCCCGUCAUUGCCACCCAAAACUCUGCUGGACUCCCUCUCAAAGAGCUCUGCAUUUCAGGAAGAAAAUAAAAAUGUACUCACUACUUUA